AGGGAGGAAAGCAAGAGAGAAUCUCAAAUCAGACCUUAUGAUCUCCACAGAUAAGGACCAAGUUGCUUGAAGAAAAACUUGCAUUUUAAAAUACGAGCUUGGAAAAACUGCAUAUUUCUUACUAGUUACUCUUCUAGAGGUAUGCAUGCUUUAAAAAGAUCUUAGGAAAACUGGAUUUAUCUAGAAUCAGAACCUUUUCAUUUUUCCCCCUCCUAUUUUUUUUUUUUUUAUUUUUAAGAUUUAUUGGAUUUUUGACCCAUCCUGUUUAUAGACCUUAUGAAUCAUAAACUUCUGGAUAAGUCUGCCAGAUGCAAUUUUCUUCCCAGACUGAUCUGACCUGGGUAGGCAACAUGCACAACAGCACUGCUGAAACUCCGCUUACAGCUGGAACAUGGAAUGAGACUCGGUCCACACAGUCACCGAGCUCUGAGUUUUCCCUGGGUGUGUUGGUGCUGCUGGCUUUCCUCAUGGUGUUGCUCGCUUUGGUUACCAUCCUUGGAAACGCCCUGGUGAUCCUGGCUUUCAUCACGGACGGAAGCCUCAGGCAUCGGAGUAACUAUUACUUUCUCAAUCUUGCUAUUUCUGACUUUGCAGUAGGUGCAUUCUGUAUUCCUUUGUAUAUCCCUUAUGCCCUGACAGGGACAUGGCACUUGGGAAGAGGCCUGUGCAAGACCUGGCUAGUUAUGGACUAUCUCCUGUGCACAGCUUCAGUAUUUAACAUCGUUCUUAUCAGCUACGACCGUUUCCUGUCAGUUACAAAAGCUGUAUCUUACAGAGCCCAGCAGGGAACAACGUCCAACCCUGUCAUCAAAAUGGUGGCCAUCUGGGUCUUUGCCUUCCUCCUCUACUGCCCAGCAGUCCUCUUCUGGGAGCACGUGGCCGGACACAGCGUGGUACCAGCAGACCAGUGUUAUGCCGAGUUCUUCAACAACUGGCUCUUCCUCCUGUGUGCAUCCACCCUGGAGUUCUUUGUGCCGCUGCUCGUGGUGACCUACUUCAAUGUGCACAUCUUCCACAACAUCCAGAGGCGCCAGUGGCGUGUCAGCACACAGGACUGCAAGCGUCCGAGGACCAGCAGCCUGUCCUGGAGAUCCUGCCUCUUGCCAAGUCCAGGAGCAUCUUCUCCUCCAUCAGAAGCAGAGGACAGUGUUUCUUCAUUAACGAGGUCAUGGAAACCAGCAGUGAUGGCUAACUGUCCAUCUCCAACACAAAACAGCUCCACAGCUCUCAAAAAGGACUUCUCUGUUUCUUUCUGCUCAAGGCCUGGGGCAAAACUGCAGCAGGACAAGAAAAUAGCGAAGUCUCUUGCCAUAAUUGUGUGUGUAUUUGCCAUUUGCUGGGCCCCAUACAGUUUACUAAUGAUCAUUCGUGGGGUCUGCCAAGGAGAGUGCAUCCAUAAGUCCCUGUAUGAAAUAACCUUUUGGCUUUUGUGGCUCAAUUCCUUUCUGAAUCCGUUUCUCUACCCUCUUUGUCAUGUUAAAUUUCGAAUGGCUUUCAUGAAAAUACUAUGUCCCCAAAAGUUUGUAACAUUGAGAUCACCUAAGACACCUUCUUUUUAGAGAGUUAAAAUAAAUGACUUACAGA